UUGAAUACUGCAAUGGCGCUUAUAGCCGCAUCCCCGAGACUAGAUGUCGAAAAACCCUGAAAAUGGCUCCGACGACGAGAAGUUUCUCAUUUCCCAGGGUGAUAAUCGAGAAGGACACCGACUCCGAGCAGAGUUCGUCGGAAGAAGACGACGAUGAAGAACCUCUUCACGACGAAGACGAAGAUGAAGGGGAGAAUGGUAAAGAUUCCGAAAAUGAUGGCCAAAGGAUUGAAGAGGAGUCCAACAAUAAGGGAAAAGCCCCCAUUACUAUCAGUCUCAAGAAAGUGUGCAAAGUUUGUAAAAGGACUGGUCAUGAAGCGGGGUUUAAAGGGGCUACGUACAUAGAUUGCCCUAUGAAACCAUGUUUUCUCUGCAAGAUGCCUGGGCAUACAACAAUGUCAUGCCCGCAUCGGGUGGCUACUGAGUUUGGUGUCAUUCCAGCAUCCCAUAAGAAUACUCGUAAUGCACUUUUAUAUGUCUUUGAGCGGCAGUUUAAGCCGCAUAUUCCUCCUAUCAAACCAGCAUAUGUGAUCCCAGAUCAAGUGAACUGUGCAGUUAUAAGGUACCAUAGUAGACGUGUAACGUGCCUGGAGUUCCAUCCUACAAACAACCGGCUUCUUUUAUCUGGAGACAAGAAAGGACAAGUUGGAGUUUGGGAUUAUGAUAAAGUGCACGAGAAGGUAGUCUAUGGAAAUAUACAUUCUUGUAUCGUAAAUAACAUGAGGUUCAGUCCUACAAAUGACGGUAUGAUAUAUGCAGCAUCUUCUGAUGGAACCAUUAGUUGCACAGAUAUGGAGACUGGAAUUUCUUCUUCAUUAAUGAACCUCAACCCUGAUGGUUGGCAGGGCCCUAAUAAUUGGAGGAUGCUAUAUGGCAUGGAUAUCAACCCAGAGAAGCACGCUGUGUUUGUCGCUGACAAUUUUGGUUUUCUAUACUUGGUGGAUACAAGGUCAAACAACAAAUCUGGGCAGGCUGUUUUGAUCCAUAAGAAGGGUAGCAAAGUUGUUGGACUGCACUCUAAUCCUCUUCAACCUGAUCUUCUCUUGAGUUGUGGAAAUGAUCAUUUUGCUCGAAUAUGGGACAUUCGCCAAUUAGUAGCUGGUUCUUCAUUGCAUGAUCUAGCACACAGACGUGUUGUAAAUUCUGCUUAUUUUUCUCCCAUCUCCGGUUGCAAAAUUCUUACAACGGCUCAGGAUAACCGCAUUCGUGUAUGGGACUCUAUAUUUGGCAACUUGGAUUCACCUAGUCGAGAAAUUGUGCACAGUCAUGAUUUUAACCGACAUUUGACUCCUUUUCGAGCAGAAUGGGAUCCAAAGGACCCAUCUGAAUCGCUUGCGGUUAUCGGUCGCUACAUAAGUGAAAACUAUAAUGGAAUUGCCUUGCAUCCCAUCGAUUUUAUUGACGUCAGCACGGGGCAAUUAGUCGCUGAGGUAAUGGAUCUGAACAUAACCACAAUUAGUCCAGUGAACAAGCUACAUCCACGGGAUGAUGUUUUGGCGUCUGGGAGUUCAAGAUCCCUUUUCAUUUGGAGGCCAAAGGAUGACCAUGAACCAACAGAGCAGAAGGACGAAAGGAAAAUUGUUAUUUGCACCGGAACAGAGAAGAAACGCAAGCACAAGUCGAAAAAUGAUGGAAGUGAUGACGAUGAUUCCGAUGUCGAUAAGUUCACACCGACCCUGAAAGGUAAAAACUUAAAGUCAACGAAAUCUGCAACUAAAAUGAGGAACACUCCUCGCAAAAUGAAACGUUAAUUUAACUAACCCCCCUCUCCAUUUAGAGUUCUACAACCUUAUUUAUCCCCUAAGUUCAUAGAAUGUUCUAGGUUUAGUUUGAAUCACCAUAGCCCCUUGGUAAGAUUAACUCAAAAUUAGUCACCAUAGCCCCUAAGUUCAUAGAAAAUUUUAGGUUUAGGUUUAUUUUGAAUCACCAAUGCAUAUUGCUGGUAAUUUACUGCUUGAUGUGCUCACUUUUUGGCUGCAUUUUGGAGGCUGAUUCAUAUUUGUAUGCAUCUUAAAGCCAUCCUUUUUUGUGUUGGUAAUAUAAUUUCUAAGCUGUGUGUGUGUUCAUCUA